AAAAUCGAGUUUGCAGGACCUACACGUUUGGUACACGUAUAAAAGAAAACAACAUUAUUUCUGGUUUUUAUUAACUGAAUCAUGUUUUGUUUUUGAUACUUUGUUACAGUAAAUUUACUUAAAAUUUCAAGUGAUAUCUAAUAACACUUUUAAAUCGCCGAAUAAGUACAUAAAAAUGGAUGGAACUGUGGUGCUUAUAUUGUUGGCUUUGGUGAUGUUAAUAGGAUCUUAUGUGGCUGGGAGCAUUCCUCUUAACGUUAGCAUGUCUGAGGACAAACUCCUCAAAGUGACUGUAUUUGGCGCAGGUCUGCUGGUUGGGACAGCCUUGGCGGUAAUCAUACCGGAAGGAGUGAGAGCCCUCUUCUCCGAGAGACCCAACCUCCCCACAAAGGAGUAUACACCUGAACCAGUGGACAAGGAUGAUUUGCACUCAGUUAUUGGCAUUACACUCGUUUUGGGAUUUGUGUUCAUGUUACUUGUGGAUCAGAUGUCCUCAAGGUUCAAUGAUUCAAGUAAUCCAACAGAAAGAAAUGUAACAGCUACCGUGGGACUAGUGGUGCAUGCUGCAGCCGACGGUAUCGCUCUCGGAGCCGCGGCGACGACGUCGCACGCGGACGUCGAACUCAUUGUCUUCCUAGCCAUAAUGUUACAUAAGGCGCCGGCUGCCUUUGGCCUGGUAACCUUCUUAAUGCACGCGGGACUCGAAAGGAACAGGAUACGAAAGCACCUGUUGAUUUUCUCGUGCGCGGCGCCGCUACUGGCCGUGCUCACAUACUUCGGUAUUGGCAACGAGAGCAAGCAGACUUUGAGUGAUUAUAAUGCUACAGGUAUUGCCAUGUUAUUCUCAGCGGGGACAUUUUUGUAUGUCGCAACAGUUCAUGUGUUGCCAGAACUCACCCAUCCUCACUCGAGCACGCACACCCUGCUACCCCAAGAUGGAGUGCCAAAGAAGGGUUUUGGCGGACUCCAAAUCUCUGAAGUCAUAAUAUUGACCGUAGGUGCUAUGCUUCCGGUCCUCCUGACGAUGGGACAUGAGCACUAAGACUGAGUUACCAUUGAGAAAUUUUUAGUGGCUGUGUUUUAAGUUUAGUAUUUGUUCUGUAUUUGAAUGUGUUGUAAAUGACUGCUGUUUGCGACACAGAUAUUUUUUUUACUGGCAACAAUUUCGCAAAUUCAAGUUGUGAUAAGACAUAAGCACAGCAUUACAAUACUAUAAUACCACAGGAAUUAAGAAACAUAAAAUUGAUUUAAUGUAUUAUAAAUAAACUGUAAGUAAAUAUACUUUUAUAAUAUAUCCUCCUAAAAACAUACUUAAUAUCUUAUUUACUGGCUGUCUUUAUCUGUGAAGUGACAGUAUCAAUUGCAUCAGACAAAGGUAGCAUAUUUUGUGAAUAAAGUAUCCACUGUGUAAUGUUAUUAGUGUAUGUGUAAGUAAGUGUUAACUCUGUUAAGAUUGUAUGUGUAUAUUGGACUGUAAAUUUUAUUUUUACAAUUAAAUGUAUUUAACAUUUCACACAAGCUCAACACUCAGCUCAGCUCAGUUUUUUAUAUGAAAACUCAUUCCUUUUAACUUAUCUGUAUACCUAAAAUGUAAUAAAAAUAUCUACAGGCAUUCCACAAUUAAAAUGAUUGCAACAAAUGUUAAUAAUGUUUUGUUCUAUUUUAUUAUAUUGGGUUUCUUGUUAUUCUGAUCUAUUAAGAAGUGUUAGCAUAGUAGCUAAAAAUACCCUAAUAAAAAUGUAACAUUUUGUAUGC